AUGAGCAGCGCUGGCUGGAAGGACAUCAAGCACAAGUACUUCUUGGCUACUGGUUUAGUGCAUGAGAGGGAACAGUUCAACAGUAAAGUGCAAGAACUCAAGGCCGAGUGGAGGUUAUGCAAUUCGUUGCGCAAGUCUUCUGGCCUGGGAGGUAGUGGCUACAAUGUUUAUGCUGAUGAUGACUGGUGGGAGAAAGAGAGCAAGGGCAAGAAGGCUUUGCUGAAAAUAAGGGAUGGAGGCAUGCCUGACUACCUCGGGCAGCUUGAUGACAUGUUUGCUGGAUGGACAGUUGAUGGGUCUACUGCAUACAGGCCUGGAACUGGUGCGGCAACCAAUGUCAUUGGAGUCGAGGACUCCGAUGACGAGGAUGCUCAGCAUGAGGGACAGGCGGAUGGUGCAACCCCUGCAAGUCAGGGAUUUGCAACCCCUGCAAGUCAGGGAUUUGCAACCCCUGGUAGCCAAGUACACAAAAGGCCUUCUAGCACUAAUUCCACAGCCUCCAGCCCUAGCAAGAAAACUAAGAGCUCUAAUGCUAAGUCUUGGGAUAGCAACCAACGUGAGGCCAAUGACAUUGAAAGGCAAAAGGUAAACUUGUUUGGUACCAUAUUGGAGAUGCAGCAAAAGAAGAAUCAACAUCAGGCACAGCAGUCCCCUAUGACAAAGAAGCAGAUGGUCGAGCAGGCAUAUAACAUUGCAUUGGGGAUGGGAAUUACUGCAGCUACCAGGAGUUCUUUCUUGGCUGUUAGGAAGAUCUGCCGAGAUGAAGUUGAUCUGGCCAUCUUCCUUUCUUGCACUGACGAUGCUGCUAGGUGGAUCAUCAUUCAAGAAAACCUCCCGGUGGAGAACUAG